UUCGCUUUGCUACAAAGAAACAUUUCGUUGCUUGGAUUGUCACAAAAAAUUAGAUUAGCAUUCAUAGUUAAUUGAUCACGCGACUAAUGACAAUCGUAAACUCGUAAUAAAGACUGAAAGGCAGAAAAGACUCGAUGAGAUUGAGAAGCAUCAAACUGAGCGCAUGAAGAAGCGGCAGUACUUGCGCAAGAUGGCAACCCAACAGUUCUACAAAAGCAUGCAGAUGCUGCAAGCCAAUGCAAAACGCGAGAAAGACGAACCUUUUGAGGAUUACUCGAUUUUUUUAUAUCGUCAAACUGCACCAGAUUUCAAGGAUAGAGUAAAAGACUUAGAGCAGAAAAUACUUUAUCCAGAUAGACAACCUAAAAUACACAUUAGUUACCGAAGAGAUAGUGUAGACGAAGAAUUCUCGGGAAGAAUAAAAGAUUUUGAAGAUAAACUGAAAGGGGCAACAUCCUCCGAGAAGAAACCUAAAGAUCUUUUACGUGCUAUCGGUAAAAUUGAGAAAACUGACUGGAACGUGAAAGAAAUUGAAAAAAAAAUCGAAGAGAACAAGAUGGGUCGCAGCAUUCGCCACGAACGUGUAGAAAAAGUGCCGAAAUGGAGUCGCGAGCAGAUGUGUAUAUGUUUCAUUCAGUUUUUAGCUCGGCAGAUUAAGAUGGAGAAGCGAGGCAACGAUCAAAGGCACACCUACAGUAAGUACGCUGAUAUAGAUAAUACUCUGAGGAAUAUAGGCAAGAAGAUUCAGGAAGGUAGCGCGCUCGGAUACAAUAAAGUUUCAGCUAUGGCUGAACAAUUUUCGAAUAAAAAUCAGGAUGUGGAACCCAAGCUGCAGAAAUCGAAUACUAAACCUACUAUCGCAUUACCAGUGCAAGGGAGUUCAGAGAUGUGCCAUUUUUGCAAUAAAAGAGUUUACCUUAUGGAAAGACUAAGUGCGGAAGGCAAAUUCUUUCACCGCGGUUGUUUUCGUUGUGAAUAUUGUUCUAUCUCUUUAAGAAUAGGAAAUCAUACAUUUGAUCGAGAAAAAAACGGAGGACGCUUUUACUGUACGCAACACUUUGGAUUAUCGGGAACAAUGAAAUCUAGAGCAGAAAAAAAAAGGAUUAACUUGGUGAAUAAAGAAAAUGUACUUAAUGCUGCGACUGCAUCAAAAACACCAGAAAAGGCCAAAACGUCCUUAGAAGGCAUUGUUGGACUAGAUUUACUUGAUCGUGGUCAAACUCCAGAAAGAAUUGAAUUUGAAAAUCUAGCAGAAAUAUCAGAUCCCGAAGAAGGUCACAGUCAAAUGGAUGAAGAUGAAUGGACAGACAGAAAUUUUGGUGCUUCUACUGCAGAAAUGGGAUCCAGUGAUGAUAUUUCUGAUAUGAGUGAUUCUGAUGAGGAUAAUGAAGUAUUUGAGGAAGCUAUAGAUCAACCACUAACGACUGAAGGAACUCUCGAAUUAGCUAAAAAUUGGACAUUGCGUUAUUCGCAUCCACAUGCUACAAUCGGGCAAUCUGACACUGGGAGCAACGAAUAUGAAGAUUCUAGUGAUGAAUAUACUAGUGAAGACGAUGAAAGCGACACUGCGACCGAAGACGAGGAAGACGUACGCGCGCGAGAGCUCCGAAAGCAGGAAGUAUGGUUGAAGGUGCCACCGCGCAAUUGUGAUACCGAUACCGGUUCGGAAACAGAGGUUGUAUCUUCGGAAGAUGCAUCGACUGAUGAGAGUGUGGAAAAUUCCGCAACUGAGAUUUCGACCGACUCUGAAUUCGAGCACGAUGAAGCGACUCCUACACAGCAUGAGAUUCCCGAAAUUACCAUCAACGAUUCUUAUGUGCGAAAAACGAGAGGCGCUUAUGUUGAACCGAAGAAGGUGCAGGUGAAAAGUAAGAUGAUCUCUUCGAUUAAUGGCAACUUGACACAGGACAAGAAACAGCAAGACACUAGGGAGCGAUUUUUGGAAGACCAUAUUAAGAUGGAGUUGAAUAAAGAAGUAAAUUGUAACGUGCCAGCUUCUGUUGAUACAAAUAACUGCAUACCGUUGUUAAAUCCACGAAAGGGAGAUUAUCUUUUGAAUCGUACUCAUUCCACUGGCGGAAUCGCUUCGAGGCUCUCUUUGGAAUUGAAAAAACGUUAUUUAUUGGGAGGAUCAGCGUUAGGUGGUUCCAUCAUAAAAUCAGGUUCGACAUCUAAUGUAGACACGAAGUUGAGAAAUUUUACUGAUGCAAUCUCCCAGCAUCAGAAGUUGUUAAAUCCAGCGCCAGAGCCUAGUCCUACCAUGCAGGCAUUUCUUCAAGGUACUAGUAAACUGCGAAUCAACAAUGCACCGCUUUCUCCAUUAUCGCCUACAAUUUUAUUUUCUCGACAAUUAUCAUCUGAUCAUUGCCGAAAUUCAUCGAAUAAUAUCGCGAAACCGACAACCUUGAUAGAAACAUCCAAGACGCAGCAAUUACCUGAUUUAGUAAAAGAAUCCAGUAUCUUGAAAUCGAAAACAGCACCCAACAUCUGCAGUGAAUCAUCGAUGAAAGACAGGGAGUUAAUCAACGAACAAGUAUUUCUACAGCAAACUAAUAACUUGACGAAAAACGCUGUAGAGGAUAUAAAAAGCUCGCAAAAUGCUGAGAAAAUUCUAUCAAACAACAUGGAAGAAAGUAAUGGUUUUAGACCGCGUAGUCCCCUUCACGAAACAUCUAUUGUCGUGCCGCAAGUAGAUUGGAGCAAGAAGAACGAAGACAAGGAUGCCAGUUCGGGCGAUUCUGAGAUAGAUAGUGAUUCAUUAUCUUCCUUUAAUUCUAACGGAGCAAUUGAGAACGAACAACUUGUUGCUGUAAAUCUUUCGCCACCUAGAUUACAGAUUCACAGCACCGAUGGCGAUCUUUUAUUGGAUGAAGGAAUUGAUCGAUACGAACAUUAUAAUCCUGACGAUGGCCAGACUUUCGAACCAGAUUCUAUCGAAGUCUCCUUUCUGCAGGAUCGCCGAUUACAUGAUUCAAUUAACAAUACACAUACUAUUGAAAUUGUAAAUAAUAAUAUGGAACAAUUAGACUUGCGGGAUGACAGCAGGAGUAACUGCAGUAGUUCUACUUCCGAAGCUUCGGCAAUGUCUAAUAAACAAGACGAUUCCGAGGAAAACGACAUUACCACCGCAGCAUUCACUGAAACAGAAUUUUCCGAAUGGGCUCGCGACGGGGAAGCUUUGGUUUCUGAAGACCUUCGUGAUGUAGAACUUGAUAUCGAUCCUGGUUUUAUCACUGUACGAAGAAAUAAUACAAAACUAUCCUCUACACUUGCUAGAAUUGUUAAAGAAGAGGAUACGGAACUCGACUAUUCUAUGAUCGAUCGAGUAGUCGAUCAACAGGAAUACCCGAACAAUAAUACGUCAAAACUGUUAGUCAAUGGCGAAGACAUUAAUUACAUGGACACGGACAAUGAGUCACUGCUGGAUGACAGUCUCCAAGAUGCCUCGAAUGUCGCGAUGCUGAAAAAUCGAGGCUACAUCGAAUUCGUAAAUGUCAAGACAACUCUUUCCAAUAUUCCUGUUUCAACUAACAUGCGUAAUCUACCAGUCGCUGAUGCACCGAUAGCGAGACUCGAUCUGGAAAAUGACUCGUACGAUGAAGACGAAGAAGAAGGCUUCAAGGACGCUAAUGUGAUUGAGAUUGAUCCAAUUACUAUGGAGGAUGUGAUGGGCAAAUUAAACGAGCCUAUUAUGAAUAAAUCAUCAAUAAAGCCGGAAAUUCGAACUGAGGAACAAGGUGAAGAUGAAUUUAAGGAGAACGUAAAGCGGGAACAAUUAGCAGAAGCUUUUAAUAAAGAAUUACUUCAAUCGAUAGAGGAAGAUAGUCUGUUACUUGUUGAACCAGCGGAAGAUACGACUACUAGCGAAGUCGUUACAGUGCUUGCCAGUCCGAUUAACCCUCAGGUGUCUAUAGUUCCUGUAAAAAUGACAGAGAAACACGAGGAAUUAGCCAAGGUGGAUUCCAACAAUCCAGACUAUCUAGAAUACGUAAAGAGAUUGCAAUCUCGAAUCGCAGAGUUUAGCAACGCCAAGGAUUCCAUUGACGUAAGAAAAUCAAGACGAAAAAACUCGAAAAGCUUAGCGCAGACACGCACCGCAGAAAUGAUCACUGAAGAGAUUAAGUGUCAAGAAACAAUGAGUGUAAACGAUAACAGUAAUGGUAUCAAUUCACCAGCGACCUCGAGGAAACUUGAAGAAAUUACAAGAGAACGGUCAAAGCAAAAGGAUCUUAUUCAAAAUCUUCUAAUGGAUAAACUUGAGGCUCACAAACAAAAGUCAGCCGAAAAAAAGGCCCGAAGAGCUGCCAGAGCUUCAUCUUUUACCACCGGGCUAUCACCGAUAAAACCGUCAUUAUCUAAUAUUUCUUCCGUUGGUAACAAGUUUGUGCCUACUUUUAUAAUGUCACCAAUAAACAGUCCUACUCACACAAUUUUCGGGGAAGCGAAUAAGUCGUCGAAUCUUUCGAUGGCUUUGUACUCUUGUGAACAGACCGAUCAAGAAGAAACCAAAGAAAAAAUCCCAAAGAAGGCAGACGAAAAGUCGAUUACUACUAGUCUAGAGGAUGCUUUUAAAACGCCACUUGUACCACCAAGAUUGAAAAACGAGGAAGCGAGGAGGACCACCGAAAAGGCCAGACAGGAUGCUCGAGAACGAGCUAGAAUGAAAAGCGAUGAAGACUUGGGUUUAAGUCCUGAAGAGAAAAUUAAAGAAUUAAGAAUGAAGGUGACGCGGAGGCAACUCUCUAUGGACGAUACGAAAAAGGGCGAUACGCCGAAGACUGAGAGAAUUAAAUCGUAUAACUUUAGCGCAAUACAUAAUUCAGAGCUGAAAUUACAAAUCAGCAAAAGUACCGAUAAUAUGAAAAACGUCGCAAAAAAAAUUAAUUUCCAAAAACUGCCAGCGACUAGCGCGAAAUCGAUGGACGAGAUGCUAAAUACUGCAGGUUUCUCACUUUCGGAUAAUAAUAGCAUGAUAAUCAAACGGGACAAAAAACCGAAGGAUUCGGAGAGAAGAAAAAGUAUUAUACAGGCAGUGUCAGAUUUCUUCUUCAAAAAGGAAACAAAUCCAUCGCCCAAUCAGAAGGACAAGUUAUCGGUAUUCCGACUGACUUCAAGAGGGUCAAAAGGAAAAAUUGAUAAAACUAUUCCAUCGAAAUGCGACAUGAGACCUAAAAGUGUAUGCGAAGAUAUGCUCGUAGGAAAUUUCUUCACUGAAAAGCCACCACCUGUGCCGCCACCACCGCUUAAUUAUUCUACGUAUACCACUCGAGUGUCAGCGGAUGACAGUUUAUCAGAUGACGAUACUAAAACAACUGCUUUAUCAGCGUCAUGCACGCAAAAAGUUACGGCAACUGAAGAAUCGUGCAAUAGCGUUUCUCGUAAAUUGAAGACUACUAAAAAAAUAACUAGACAAGCACAAUUAAAGAGAUUACGAAUGGCCCAAGAAAUACAAAGAAAACUGGAAGAAACUGAAGUAAAACAAAAAGAAUUAGAAAGCCGGGGCGUAAGUGUCGAAAAAGCGCUGCGUGGUGAAGGAGAUUCUUCCAAUCGUGAAGAAGCUGAUUUACUUAGAGAAUGGUUUGAUUUAAUGAAAGAACGUACGGAACUGCGUAGAUAUGAAAAGGAACUUUUAGUGCGUGCGCAAGAAGUUCAAUUGGAAGAUCGUCAUGAACGAUUGCAACAAGAAUUGCGUGAACGUUUAGCUAACGAUGAUGAUAAGAAGACCAGUGAUGAUGUUAAAAAGGAAGGAGAAAUCUUGACGGAAAUGUUAGAGAUAGUAGCAAAAAGGGAUUCCUUAAUCGCUCUAUUAGAAGAAGAACGACAAAGAUAUCAAAACGAAGAUCGCGAUCUCGAAGCUCAAAUGUUGGCUAAAGGCCUGAGAUUAACGCCAAUUAAGAAAUGUGGUCCUAAAUAUUCAGUCUAAGGAAGAUACGCUUCUGUACAUAUAUUCUCCGCUACAAUUUUUUAUUGCAUGAUAACACC